GCCCCCUCUGCCGGCGCGGGGAUCGGCCCGCGGUACCGACUCGGUGGCUGGGCAAGGCCGAGGCUGUGUAGGCCUCGGGUCCCGCCCGCCCUGACGCCGCCGAGCUCCGCGCUUGUGGCCCGAGAAACCUGCCGAGGAGAGGAGAUGGAGCUGGGGACGCCGCGCGGGCCUCGGAAGCGGCCGGCCCCCCGGCUGGGCUCCUGGUUCCGGCUGCCCUUCCUCCUUCGGCGAGGGCACGUCCGCCCUUCCGAGUUCCCGACGCCUCCCUCUCGGGAGAGCUCCGGGGACCCCGCGCCGCCGGCCUCCGCCCGGCCCGAGCCUCGCACCAGGUACUGGACCAGAUUGCUUUCCCAGCUCUUUGCCCUGCUGCCUUGCUUGCUCCAGAAGCUGUUUAUUUGGAGCCAGCUCUUCGGGGGCAUGAUCCCCACCCGAUGGCUAGAUUUCGUAGCAGGUUACAGCGCCCUGAGAGCCUGGCGAGGACGGGAGGAGCCCGCCACUCCCGCGGUGCAGAAAUCUUUGAGUUCACUGCGGCUGGACUCUGCGGAAGACUUGGUCGUCAGCCCCCUUGAUUGGCUAGAGGAGGGACUCCAAUGGCAGUACUCGUCCUCGGACCUGGAGGUGAAAUUUAAAGCCCCGGAGAGAGCUGUGGACUCCGCAGCGCACGCUUUUCUCCUGGAGCAGCCGCUGUGGGGAGUGGAGUUGCUGCACCGGGGUCUUCCAGCCGGCCUGGUCUCCCACCGAGAACUUGGCUCUGCGCCCUCCGGGCCCCGCCACGCUCAGAGCGUAGGUGGUGGUUUCAAGGUGGUGUCCUAUCUCCUGAACCCUUCCUUUCUGGACUGCCUGUCCCAGCUAGAGCUGCGCCCGCAGGGCGGCGUGGGCGCCGGCCAGCUCGUGGAUCUCCGAACACUACCCCCAGAGAGCUGUUGCCUCUUUGAAGAUGCUUGUCACCCCCAGCCGCUGCGUGCCGAGAUCUCGGCCACCGCGUGGCAGAGGUGCCCCCCUCUUUCUACAGAAGGCCUGCCGGAAAUCCACCACCUCCGUACGAAGCGGCUGGAAUUCCUUCAGGCUAACCACAAGGGGUCAGAGUUACCCACCCCUGACCAAGAUAAUGGCUACCACAGCCUGGAGGAGGAGCAUAACCUUCUCCGGAUGGACCCACCACACUGUACAGAUAACCCAGCACACGCGGUGUCCACUCCCGAAGCCAGCCCGGAGCCCACUGAGAAAAAGAUAGACUUGUUGAUGCAAGAAGUUUCACAAAGCCCCCAGAGAAGCAGUCCGACUUGCGAGUUGCCUGUGGAAAAAGAAGGGGAAGGGGACCACACUAGUGUAGUCGGCUGCUCAGACAUAGAGGAUGGCCUGCCUGUGUCUGCCAGACCAGUUUGUAGCAACAAACUGAUCGAUUAUAUUUUGGGAGGUGCCUCCAGUGACUUGGAAAGCAGCUCCGACUCGGAAAGUGAGGAUUGGGACGAGGAACCCGAGGAUGAUGGUUUUGAUAGUGAUGGCUCUCUGUCCGACUCGGAGGAGGGACAGGACUCUGACGGGCUUCACCUUUGGAACUCCUUCUGCAGUGGAGACCCUUACAACCCCCAGAACUUUACCGCCACCGUUGAGACUGCUACCAGACCUGUGCCUGCAGAGCCCUGUGGUUCUGGGAAGUCCUUGUCGGGCAACUCGGAUGGAGGAAGUGCCUGGGCCGGGCACCUUCCUGAGACCCCCGAGCAUAGUUCUGGGGAGGAAGAGGACUGGGAAUCCAGUGCAGAUGAGGCGGAGAAUCUUAGGUUGUGGAACUCUUUCUGCAAUUCUGAGGACCCCUACAACCUUCUAAAUUUUAAGGCUCCUUUUCAAACAUCAGGGAAAAACUGUCAAGGCUGUCAGGACUCAAAAGCAUCUCCUCAGGCCACGGAGGCCUUUUCUGGGUGUCAUAACUUACUUUCUUGUAAGGUACAACUGUUAGAAAGCCAAGAAGAUAAUUGUCCAGACUAUGGGCUGGGUGAGGCUCUUUCUGGAGAAAAAUACACCCAUAUCAAAAGAAAAAAGGUAACCUUCCUCGAAGAAGUUACCGAGUAUUACAUAAGUGGAGAUGAGGAUCGCAAAGGACCAUGGGAAGAAUUUGCAAGGGAUGGCUGCAGGUUCCAGAAACGGAUUCAAGAAACAGAAGAUGCCAUUGGCUACUGCUUGACAUUUGAGCACAGAGAAAGAAUGUUCAGUAGACUCCAGGAGCAUGUUUCUGAAGACUUCCUAGUGUUCAACAAUGUUAGGAUGAGUGAACAGCCUGUGGCCCUGGCCCACACUUUCUCCUGCUUGAGAGGUUUCUCUUAAAAACAGAUAUUGGCAGCUGUCCUUGGACAUGUUUCUAAAGAAACAACUUGUAUCUGGUGAUGUGGUUGAAUUGUUUUUGGGUAAUGUAUCUCUUUAGAAACACCAACUCCGAUAAUGAAGGAUCUGUAAUCUUUAAUCUUCUCUUUUCCUGUUUAGUUGGAUGUGGUUUUUGUGUUUUUGAGACAGGGUCUUACUACAUAAUUCUGGUUGGCCUAGGUCUGUGUGUAGACCAGGCCGGCCUUGAAAGUGGUAUCAUCUUGCCUCUAUCCUGUGCCACUGUGCCCAGCUGGAAGUGAUUUUAAAUAUCCUUCGCUUCAUUGAGGUGAAAAGGGACCCUCUGAGUCAUUACUUUGCACUUUCAAAACUUACGGAGGCAGGGGGCAGCCAGGCCACAUAGUGGCCUCUGGGCCAGUUGGGGCACAAGCUGAGACCAGGUCUUAAAGGACAAAAAUAAGAAAGGGGUUUUGGUUUUGGUUUUUCAAGACAGGGUUUCUCUGUGUAGUCCUGGCUGUCCUAGAACUUGCUGUAGACCAGGCUGGCCUUGAACUCCUAGAGAUCCGCCUGCCUCUGCCUCCCAUCCUGAAUACUGGGAUUAAAGGCGUGUGUCACCAUGCCUGGCACAAAAGUUUCUUACCAGGCCUGUAAUUCCAGUUACUUUGGAGACUGAGGCAGGAGGAUAGAAGAUUGAAGGUCUGCCUGGGCCACAUAGUGAAUUCAGGGCCAGCGUGGGUAGUUUAGCAGUACCUUAUCUUAAAAUGGAAAAGGAGGCUAGGAGUACAGUUGAGUAGCAAAGGGCACUUGCCUACGUGUGCAAGGCUUUGGUUCAGUUCCCACUACUGCAAAAGGACAAACAUUUUCCUGGAAAACUAUUAAGGUUUAAGCCUCAUAUUCAGUUCUAAUUUAAAUUAUUCAGUUCUAAUUUAAAUUAUCUAAAAGCUUUGGGUUCUGGAGUGCUGAGCUUUGCUUGCUUACAUAUAUAUGUAUAUAUGUGUGUAUAUACAUAAAUAUAUAUGUACAUAGGUGUAUAUAUGUACACACAUAUAUGUAUAUAUAUUUUUUUCCCACUUUCAUAGAUUUGACUUAAGGCUAAAACCUAUUGUACAUGUUACCAACUUAAAAGACAUUGUUAUAUCACUUGAAAAUAUGGUGGAUUCUCCUGCCCCCCCCCCCCCUUUUUAAUUUUUCUUUUCUUUUUUUGAAGAAUUGGUCUUGUGUGUUCUAGGCUAGCCUUGAACUCACUACUUAGCUAAGAAUGACUUUGAAAGAUCCUCUUGUUCUCUUGCUAGGAUUGCACACAUGUGUGCCACACAUCCAGAUGGUCUUCUCUGUCCAGGUCUAUUUAAUACACUUCUAAGGACCUCCACGCACCCCAGGUGCAGUACUCUCUUGACUGGGAAAGCUGUGUUGGUGUGCUUUUUAAAGACAGACACUGUGAUGCCCAGCUGGUCUGCCAAACUUUGACAUGUAGCGUAUUUGAUUUCUUUGCAUGCUAUCCAUCUGGAAGGUUUCUGUGUUGUAUUCCAGUUGAAUGUGGCUCUUCAUUCAGCUUUCAGUGGGUGGGAAUGUAAAGCACUAGGACGUAGUCAUUGCAUUAUAGGUAUUCAGUUUUUAAACUUCAAAGCCUCGAGUUUUCCUAGGAGUAUGCAGACAUCUCUGAAAUGCAGUUUUGUUUUAUGUACUCUAACAGAAAGCCAGUGUUACUCAUUCCCUGCCUCGGCACUGUCACUUUUAAAACCUGUCAUGGUGACACUGUAAACUUGGAUUGGGCAGUUCUGAAUUGUUAAACACAGACUUCAGUGUCCAGGUUUAUUGUGUUCUAUUUUAUAGAGGAGCAGUGGUGUGAGGUCUGUUCUUUGAGGAAAGCAUAGAGUAUAGCUAGAACAGCCCGAAAGUCUUAGUGUCUUUCCCAAAGCUUGCUUUUGAUUAGGAUGCCUGCAUCGAUUAAUCGAUCAGGAUGCCUGCAUCGAUUAGGAUGCCUGGCUUAUUCAGUUAGCUUUAUCUGCUGUGUGUAUGCUAGGUUGAGGUAUGUUUAACCACCUUUUAACUGUGUGCCUCCUGUCAUGGGUAGUGGGAACACAGACAAAAGAGAGGGCCACUAAAUUGGUCAUGGGGAUGAAUUUUCCCAGAAGAGCUCGCAGCAUAACUACCUCAGCUUAUGAUCUCCCUGGUUAUUCCGUUUGGUGUGCUCUAAGUCUGCCUCCAGUGGUGACGAUGUUCAUUCACACACACUAAGAAUGCAGAACCCUCAUUUUGUGCACCUGCAUUUAGUGAACCCCAGAGUGUGUUCAGUCUGGAAUAGUGCUGUGGGAACAGGCUAGUUAGGAUCGGUGUCCUUUGGGAAGCAGGCGUGUUGACUUAGGAAAACUGUGACAGCAUUCUUUUAAAACCAGACUGCAGCUUAGCAUUUGAUUCAGACAUUUAGGUGUUUUGUGUUCCUGAAACCCAGGAAUGGGACAUCUGUACAUUUAUUGGGUGUUUGAAAUUGUUCCAGAAUUGUUCCAGAUUCCACCUUCACUAUCUAAUGAGGAAAUCCUCUGGUACACUCCCUGCCGACAGACGGGGUCACAUGGUGGCAAGGACCAAAGGAUGCUAACAGAUUGACUGAAAGAGAAGAUCCAGGUUACUGUCCUUGUCAUCCCAGGCCCAGAUGUUAAGGCCUCUCCCUCCCAAGGAAAGAACCUCCAAGGCAAGGCAGGGCCUGGAGGUUUUAGCAGAAUAUUUUAAACAUUCAAGUCUUGCAAUGGUGCUUUAAAGAUCUGGGUAGCGUGUGAGAAGCUCUGUACAGAUGGGGGUCCCCAUUUCUGAGUUCUGAAGUGUGGAAGCCCUUCAUCUGUAACUUGAAAUCAGAACUAUCAGAUUUUAUUUUUUAUAAUUUAAGGAAGGUGAAGUUUGGGAACAAGAUUUGAAUGGGCUUCUUCAGAUCAAUGAUUUUAAAUGUAACUAGUAGAGAUUUUAUAGCUCAGAUUAUAUUUGUAUAUAAUUAACUAAUCUGUAAAUUGUAAUAAAUAUAUUUGCAAUUAUUAAA